UUUUAAAAUCAAUCCUUAAAUAAGCGUUUCCCAUUGGACGCCCAUCAUGGGCAGUUGCCGGAAUUUUAGAUUAUUACUAUGGAAGGACUUUCAUGUUGUCCUUGCAAAUCCAACCGAAUUUAUAUUGGUAAUUUUAUCUAGUUUUUUUAUACCCCUUCUACUCUGGAUCGUAAUGGGAAUUAUUAGAUAUGAUUUGAAAAUAAAAGAAGCCGAAAUUUUUCCACCGAAGAGUGUUCACACGAACCUAUACGACGAAUUGUAUUUUUCACCUUAUAAUAAUCUAAUCGAGGGGUUCUUUCAUGAAUUUGCUAAUGAAACGGAAUUUAAAAAAACAGUCGGUUUUAUUGAUUUUGCCAAACUAGAAGAUGGCUUGACCGAAAAUGCCAGAGCACUCGGAUUAGCAUUUCCCGAUGAAUGGUUUUCCUAUGAAAAGUUUCCAGAUCAUUUAAAACUUACUAUAUACAUGCCGGCAUAUAAAAAUCAAAAAAAUUUUAGUUAUUUUGAAUCGGGAUUUUUAUUCAUAUCCAAAAAAUUGAUCAUCUCAUUUGCCCAACGUCUAAAAAACCAAGCAAAUACUUAUCUGCCGAAGGUCCAAAUGGUUCAAUUUCCGUAUCCGCGGCAUAAAGAAAAUAAAUAUGCUGAGAUGGCUUGCACCAUGCCCAUUAUUAUUUUAGCAUCAUUUUUUCUUCCCACCGUAACAAUUGCCAAGCAUAUUAUUGCCGAAAAGGAAAAUAAUGAAAAAUCACUUUUAACUGCAAUGGGAGUUACCCAAUGUCUACUAUGGAUGGCCUGGUACACGAAAGCAAUGAUACUUUUUCUACUAUGCCUGUUAUUUUUUUUUAUAUUUAUUUGUCUCAGCGAAGUCUUUGUGUUUAGCAACUACUUGCUUCUUAUACUGAUAUUUAUAGUAUACAUCCAUUCAUGCAUAACGUUUGCAUUUCUCAUAAGCGCAUUCUGCACAAAGACCUAUUGGGGGAUCCUCGCCACGUCAGUACUUUUCGUGAUCACUGUAGUGCCCUACGCAUUGUUACCGCCCGUCUCUUUCGAGCUUAUGCCCCAAAUAUUUUGCUGCUUCUGCCUGAACUCGGCCAUGUUUUAUAUGUUUAACGUCAUCUGCGCAUUGGAACAAAUAUCGAUUGGAGUUGAUUGGAGGACGUUCAUAUCCACGAUAGUGCCAGAGGACAUAAGUAUCCUUGGUGUCCUCGCUAUAAUGCUUGUAAUGAGUCUGAUAUGUGUAUUUCUCUGCCUCUAUGUGGAGCAAGUAAUGCCCGGCAGCCAAUCCUCGAUAUUUUCUUGUCGCUGCUGUAAGAAGUCACUUUUUUCCACUCAUCAGUACCAUCCUCUAUCAGUUUUAUCCUACGACACGGCCAGAAAAUUUGUGGAUUGUUGCCUAAGUCCAAUGUACUAUUGUGUUCAAAGACCUGAAGAUGCGGACGCUGAGGAUCGCAUCGUAGGCGGGCAAACCCAUAAGGACGACGAACCCACUGUUCACAUGGAUCGUGUUUCAAAAGAAUUUCGCAAGAAAACGGCAGUUGCAAAAUUGUCAAUAAAAAUGUACAAGGAUGAGUGUCUAGCCAUUCUGGGUCCCAGUGGUUCGGGCAAAACCACAGCGCUGCACAUGAUGGGAGGAAUCUUGAGACCCACUUCGGGAAUAAUCAAAAUCAAUGGCUUUGAUAUCGAAAGGAACCCAGAAAAGGCCAAAAUUGGAGUCGGAUUUUGUCCACAGCAGAAUGUGCUCUUCAGAGGACUCACAGUUAAUCAACAAAUUAACUUCUUCAGUCUCCUAAAGGGGAAAAAAACCUCAGCUGCGAAUAGAGAAACAUCAAACUAUAUUGAUAAACUAAACCUAAAGGAAUAUGAAAAUAAAAAUGUCUCCAAACUGUCAAAAGGAAACCAGCGACGUGUGUCCUUGGCCUGUUCCUUGUGUGGUGGUGCCAGUGUAGUCUUGUGUGACGAACCAUCAUCGGGUCUGGAUCCGAGUGGAAAACAGCAGCUCAUGGAGCUACUCCAAAGUGAGAAGAGCGGUCGAACCAUUGUGUUAGCCACCCAGGAUGUGGAGGAGGGGCAAAUGCUUGGCGAUCGUAUCAUCAUACUGGCCGAUGGGCAAAUCUGCAGCCAAGGUACAAUGGAAAACAUUAAACAGAAUAAUCAUGAAUCCUACAAGCUCUCCUGCCAAAUGGGACCGAACUGUGACCAACGGAAGGUAACAGAGCUGGUGAAACGCGUCGCCCCAUCUGCUAGAGUUUCUGUCCAAGGAUCCUCCAUAAGCUACAUUAUACGCGGCUCCUUUGCGGAGAAGUUCGUGGAUAUGCUCCAUCAACUAGAGGAUCGCAAAAGGAAUCUCGAUGUCAUAAGCUAUAGUUGGCGGGAUGCCACAUUGGAAGAUGUCUUCAAAACUGCAGCUACUCCGUGGAAGAAACGGGCUAGAGCAGGUGGAAAUAUUCCAAAAAGAUCAACAGAGGACUUGGCGACCCAAACAGACGGACCGGAUCGUCCAACUAGAAGAGCUCAAAGGGCCCAAAGAGCUGCAGAGGCAGAGGCAGCGGCUGCUUUAGCGGCUGCAGCAGCGGAAAGAUCCGCUAGAGAAAAUGCGGAAAGAGAAGCUAGAGAUGCCGAGAAUAGAGACCGUGAGGCCAGGGAAAGGCAAGCUAGAGAAAGGGAAGCUAAAGAAAGGGAUGACAGAGAAAGGGAUGACAGAGAAAGGGACAAAGACAAUGCGGCCAGAGAAAAAAGAGAUAGAGAAACAUUCAUGGAAAAAAAGCCACUUCGACCAUUGGACCCAGAGACAGAUCAUGAGGCCGAAUCUGACACAUCGGAGCGCGAAUGGAGAACGGACCCUGAGGGCGGUAGAAGGAAUCGAACAUGCUGCAAAUUUUGCGAGGCCAUGUUGAUGAAGAAGGCUCUCUACAUUUGGAACCAUAAAUACAUGUUCCUGCUAAUCUUGAUCAUACCAAUAAUAUGGUUCAUAGUUGCAAUUUAUUUAUUGCCAUUGACAGAAAAGGUAAAAAAUCGAAUUAGCUCGGAUUUGGCUGAUUAUAUUGAUUUAAACCUGCCAAGCUUCUCAGAUGACACCGUUGUGUUACUUGAAGAUCCUGAAGGUUACGAGGCAGAGGCACUUGCCUAUGAGAAGUUAGUCACUCUGCCCGCCGUAAUUGAACAAUGUAAAGAACCAAUUGUGCACUAUUUAGUCGGUGACUCACCCCUUUUAAUGGAAAAACUUAAACUUCAAUAUGUAUGUGGGGCUACUUUUGACAAAGAUGUCGACAUUAUCGCCUGGUAUAAUGAUGUGGCCUUUGAACACUCGUCCCCGCUUGCCUUGGUUUUGGUAUACAAAGCCAUUCUUAAAAUAGAAAUCGGGAAAUCCUUCGAUAUUACCCUCACCCGAGGAAUAAUGAAAAAACAGGCAAUGAAGACAAAGGCUGUAAGUUAUCGAGAUCUCGAUCGAAGCCUCAGUCAAACCAGGAACUUGCGAGAUGUCUUAGAUAAAUUCAGGUAUUUCAAAAAAGACGAUGAAGUCAAUUCUAAGGAACCAGAUUAUCCAGCUAUAAAAGAACCCAACCAGUUUGCACAAAGAGAAAUUUUGGGGGACCAUAAACUGAAUGGAAAACGAUUAACAUUAACUAUUGGAAUCUGGUCCUAUAUAUCUUUGGUUCUUAGCAUUUUUAUACUUUUCGUAGUGGAAGAACGAGUGAAAAAAUUACAAUUACAACAGGAAAUUCAAGGCUUGGGAAAAUUCAAUUUUUGGUGCACACACUUUUUAUGGGAUUUCGUAAUAUUCUGCAUUUGUGUGAUUAUUUUAUCUUUGGCCCUAGAAACUUAUACAAAUUUUAUUCAAAUUCUUGUUGUCCUCAUAAUGAUUGGAUUUGCCUGCCUACCAUUCACCUACGUAUUGAGUUUAAUAUUCAGUUCGCCAGAAGCAGCAUUGGUUGGUGCCUUCUUUAUCCAUUUGUUUACAGGGGCCAUUCUUUUCGCAUUUGUAUACGUAGUUACGGCUCUUAUCGAUAAUAACAUGUACUUUAUAAUUUUCCCCACGAUAAUUGGUUGCUUCGGUAUAUUUAAGUGUAUUUAUGGAUACAAGUAUUGCGAAAUCAAUCCGGCGAUUGACUCACUUAAUUGCGAUUUUGGGAGAAUUCAUCCAAACUGUGGAUGCGAUGAUUUAGUAUUGUGGCCAGAGAUUUGGUGGCUAUUGGGUCACGGCAUAUUUUGGUUUAUCUUACUGUGGAUUCUAGAAAAAGGAUAUUUUUGUCGGGCUUUUGCAAACCGAAAGAAUAGUAAAAGGCGUCAAGGUAGUUCAGUAACAUUCAGACAAAAGGCCGACGAAAACCCGGAUGUAAUUCGCAAAUAUCCUUUAGUUUUGGAUAAAGUGACAAAGAAAUAUCACCGCGGCCCCACGGCAGUAAAAGAUGUGUCCCUUCAACUUGAACAAGGUGAGUGCUAUGGUCUGUUGGGACCCAAUGGAGCUGGAAAGACCACUACUUUAAAGAUGAUUGCGGGUGAAAUCAAAAUCUCUUCUGGCAAAAUUUAUAUCAAAGGCAAGAAUGGCCAAGCUGCGAGUGCCAAGCAGAAUGUCGCCUACUGCUCCCAGUCCGGUCCACUUCACGAUUUCUACAGUGGGAAACAGGCACUCAAGAUGGCCCUACUGCUACGAGGCGAUUCACGCAAAAAUCUCGAUAAAAAAUGCGAAAAACUGGCAAAAGAUUUUCAUAUCCAGUCGUCAUUGCCGAAGAAAACCAAAAACUGCACCGACGCUACAAAACGAAAAAUAAGCUUAGCCGCGGAAUCCAGUGGCCCAUCCAUAGUUUGCCUAGAUGAGCCCACCUCUGGCAUCGAUUCAUACGCGAGUCAGUCCCUGUGGAAAAACCUGAAGAGCAGGACUGUACUUAUAGCAAGCCAAAAUAUGGACGAAGUAACUUCAAACUGUUCCAGGGUCGGUAUUAUGGACUCUGGCGGAAUGAAACACCCGGAAGAGUUGCAAAGCAUGCAGGCACAGAAUUCUCACGUUUUGGUGCUUAAGCUUAAGGUUCAGGGAAGGCCCCAAGAGCAGCAAGAAACUCUCCGCAGACUUACUUUUGAUAUGAAUUAUUUUUCAAAUGCAACUUUAAGAAAACGGGUAGGUUGCUGCUUGGUUUACAAUUUUUUUCAAGGGCAAAUGGAUAAGAUCGUCAGUUUUGUCGAAUCAAAAAGAACUAUUUGGAAACUGGAAAGCUAUUCGGUCAGUCCGGCCUCACUGGAUGAGGUGUUCAUCAAACUAGAUAAUGAAAAAAAAGAAGCCGCAAGAUUGUCCUCUUCAAGUGAAGAGUCAGACUAUGACUCCAAAGGAAAGGCUCGUAGGAAGAAAAAAGAUGACCAGCCUAAGGGCUAAACAUAAUGAAAUUUUACAGUAAUCAACCAUGUAUAUGCUUUAUAUGUAUUUAUUUUUAUAAAUUUCCGAUUAACCAUAAAAAACUAAUAGCGCCGGAAUGAGUAUAAAUCAUCCAAAUGUCAAACUGAGUAAAUCUCUUCAGGAUGCAGCUGUUGCCUUGGCACAACCAUAAAAGACAGGCAACAACCUCACAAAUUUGGUAUUAAAAUAACAGCCAAGAACGAAAGCAGCAGGGCGUAUUUGUAUUCAUUAAGGAAUUUCAUCAACUUUCCCUUCCCUCAUCUUUUCUGGUUAAACAUCAGCGCUGUGCAGUUUGCUUUCGGGUCUGACUAGCUGCGCUCCGAGGGCCAGGGUUGAUUAAAAUGUCAAAUGCCUUGCAUAUUUUAAAUGCCAGGGCGACAUUGAGGCCCAAAAAACGCCGCAGAAAAUUUCAAACGAAAAUUUAACUGGAAACUGGAAGGAAAGUCAACCAAGGCCCGCACUACGGGGCAAUUAAAAAAGCAAGGACAUCAGCUACAGGCCAGAAGGUUCAAAUAUGGUCGUAGGAGACUUCGUAGGAGCAAGUCAGGUGUUUGAACUUAAUAUUGGAAGUUCAGUUCAAUACUAGAAGGAAAUUAACAAAAUGUGUAUUUUUUAAGGAAUAUAUAAUUAUAAAAAUUUUAGGACCGGCUGUGAUUAUUUCAAAAACUUUUUUUGUAUUUUGUUUACCAAAAUUUUCUAAAUUUUUGUGCCAAAAUGAUAAAAUGUUCUUCCUGUUACCCUGAAUUACCUGUAACGAGAAAAUAUAAAAAAGUUCGAUUAGUUUCAUCAAA